AUGAACCUAACCCAAUAAUUCGAUUAUGAAAAAUCAAUAUUUAAUAUGAUCUGUUUAAGGAAGCAUUUUCUUAAAGAUAUCACAUACUAUUUGUUCUUAUUUGAUGAAUACUUAAUUUUAGCUUAAGUAAAUAGAUAAAUUUAUUUUUAAAGGAGCUAAAUUCCUAAUAACCAAAGUAUAUUUUUAAGUUAAAUCUUGAUACAAAAGUAUAUUGGCAUUAAGAAAAAUCCAUUUAUUAACAGAUUGGAUUGGAAUACAGAGGUGAAGUUAAAUACUUCAAUGGAGAUAACGAGGGACUGAAGCAAUUAAAGAUCUUGUUAAGGAAUAAGGUGAUGUAUCGAAAUGUAAGUGAGUACUACUUGCUCAUUAAACAAUUGGGAAGGGGAGGCUCUUCAAGAGUAAAAGUAAUUUUCUAGUAAAAGGUCUAUUUAGUGACUGAUAAAUGUACAAAUUAGUAGUUUGCAUCUAAAAAUGUAGAGAAACGAUAUUUGAAAGAAGAUGGUGGAUUUGUACUUAUAUAUCUGAGAUUAGGAAGCCUUAUUUAAUGAAAUACAAUUGAUGGCAACGCUGAAACAUGAAAACAUAGUGAAAUUAGAAGAAGUGUAUGAAGGAGAGAACACGUUUUGUCUCAUAUUGGAAUACAUGAAAGGAACUUCGCUUCAUGACAUGAUAACUAAAGGAAUUAUACAGCUAGGUUGGGAUGAGAUAAAAGUGAUAAUGAUGGUAAUUUUAUAGAUAAAUAAAGUAAAUAUUAACUGGAGUGGUAUAUAUGCAUUCCUUAAACAUUAUGCACCGAGAUUUGAAGCCAGAAAACAUAAUGUUCAAGAAUUAAAAUGAGAUAACUGGAUUAAGAAUUGUUGAUUUUGGAUUGGCAACAAGUACAAAAGUAUCUAACUAUACAUUUCCUAAAUGUGGAACUCCUGGAUAUGUGGCACCUGAAAUAGCAAACAUGAAAGAUAAUUCAAUAAAAUACGACAAAAUUUGUGACAUGUUUAGUGUGGGUUGCAUAUUUUAUAAAUUGUAGUUUAUUUAUAAAUAUAACUAGAAUUACAUCCAAAGAUUUGUUUCCAGGAAAUGACUAUCAUGAGAUCUUAAAAUUGAAUAAAAAGUGUAAACUCAAUUUCGAUACACUCAGUAUCUAUUAAACACCUUUAACAGCCUUAGAUUUGAUCUAUUAAAUGCUUUAGAUUGAUCCCAAAAAUAGGAUUUCUGCAUAAUAAGCUUUAGAACACCCAUUUUUUAAAAGUGCUUAUCAAGAUAGAAAGGCUAAAUUUUAAUCAUAAAAAAAGAAAUUAAAUAAUACCUCUAAGCCUUGGCAAACUCUAACAUUUAAAUUAGAAAAGUCUGAUCAAUUGUAAUUGCCUGAGACCAAGUAAAUCUCAAAGCAAAAGGAAGAAGAUGUUGUGGAGGAUGAAAAAGCAACUAUCAAACUGCCAUCCAUAAAUAGUCCCAGAUUUGUUCAAUAAGCAAAAACUAAAAAUCUAGCCUUAGCAGAAGGCUCUCCAACAGAAUUACACAAGAAAAGUGCUCUAAAGAAGUUUUCUACAUAAGAAUUCGAGCAUCUGACUCCAGAUACUUAAUCUCCUGAUUCAGGGAGAAUGAAUUUCAGCAAUAGUCCAAGAUUCAUCUAACCAGAUGUAAUAAAGAAGAAUUUUACGUGUUCUAAAUAUAAUUAAAAAUAACAAGCAAUUUACGAAGUAGAUGAUGAAUAAAAACUGUGA